AUAACGAGCACAGCCUGUGCUUUGUCAGAACCCUGUUCAGAGUCUCCAUGUUGUCCCGUCCAGAUGAAACUGAUCUGAGAAGAAGCUGGGGGCAUUCUGUUUGGGCUGUGCACUUCCAGUAAGCUUUUGGCUCUGAAAAAGGCAGACGUGUACCCUUCAAGAACCAGAGAGGUACAGACUAAAUGGAUCUAAAGACAGCAGUGUUCAAUGCAGCUCGUGAUGGCAAGCUGCGGCUUCUUUCCAAGUUAUUGGCAAGCAAAACAAGAGAAGAGGUAGCCCUGCUGAUGUCAGAGAAAACCAAUGGUGCCACACCACUUCUGAUGGCAGCCCGUUACGGUCACCUUGACAUGGUGGAAUACUUGUUGGACCAUUGCUCUGCAUCAAUAGAAGUUGGUGGUUCGGUGAAUUUUGACGGUGAAACCAUUGAGGGGGCCCCGCCGUUAUGGGCAGCAUCGGCGGGGGGGGCCCCUGAAGUUCUGUUAGAUCAUGGUGCAUCUGUCAACAAUACAACUCUGACAAAUUCAACACCGCUUAGAGCUGCCUGUUUCGAUGGUCACCUGGAAAUAGUAAAAUAUCUUGUGGAGCACAAAGCAGACCUGGAAGUAUCAAACCGUCAUGGGCAUACAUGCUUGAUGAUCUCAUGUUACAAAGGCCACAAAGAAAUUGCUCAGUAUUUACUUGAAAAAGGAGCUGAUGUUAACAGAAAAAGUGUUAAAGGAAACACUGCGUUACAUGACUGUGCAGAAUCUGGAAGUUUGGAGAUCAUGAAGAUGCUUCUCAAGUAUUGUGCUAAAAUGGAAAAGGAUGGUUAUGGAAUGACUCCCCUUCUGUCAGCUAGUGUGACGGGCCACACAAACAUCGUGGACUUUUUGACCCAGCAUGUACAGACCAGUAAGGCUGAGCGCAUAAAUGCCCUGGAACUUCUAGGAGCAACAUUUGUGGACAAAAAGAGAGAUCUGCUUGGUGCUUUGAAAUACUGGAAGCGAGCUAUGGAAAUGAGAUACAGUGAUAGGACUAAUAUCCUGAGCAAACCUGUGCCACAAACACUAAUUAUGGCAUAUGAUUAUGCUAAAGAGGUAAACAGCUCAGAAGAGCUAGAAAAUCUUAUUGCAGACCCUGAUGAAAUGAGAAUGCAGGCACUAUUAAUUAGAGAACGUAUUCUUGGCCCUUCUCACCCAGAUACAUCCUACUAUAUUAGGUACAGAGGUGCUGUCUAUGCAGACUCUGGAAACUUCAAGCGUUGCAUCAACUUAUGGAAAUAUGCUUUGGACAUGCAGCAGAACAAUCUUGAUCCACUGAGCCCUAUGACAGCCAGCAGUUUACUAUCAUUUGCUGAACUUUUCUCCUUCAUGCUGCAGGAUAGGGCAAAAGGCCUGCUAGGCACUACUGUCACAUUUGAUGAUCUCAUGGGUAUACUGUGCAAAAGCGUUCUUGAAAUAGAACGGGCCAUGAAACAAACCCAGUGUCCUCCUGAUCCAAUACAGCUGAACAAAGCCCUUUCCAUCAUUUUGCAUUUAAUUUGCUUGUUGGAGAAAGUACCUUGCAGCUCAGAACAGGAGCAUUUUAAGAAACAGACUAUUUACAGGUUUCUUAAGCUUCAGCCUAGGGGGAAGAAUAACUUCAGUCCACUUCACCUUGCUGUUGACAAUAAUACUACAUGUGUGGGUCGCUACCCAGUUUGUAAAUUUCCCUCUCUACAAGUUACUGCUAUCCUGGUGGAAUGUGGUGCUGAUGUAAAUGUCAGAGACUCUGAUAACAACAGUCCAUUACACAUUGCUGCACUGAACAACCAUCCAGACAUCAUGAAUCUUCUUAUCAAGUCAGGUUCACACUUUGAUGCCACAAACUCGCAUAAACAAACUGCUAGUGAUUUGCUGGAUGAGAAGGAAAUAGCAAAAAAUUUAAUUCAGCCCAUAAAUCAUACUACGUUGCAGUGUCUUGCUGCUCGUGUAAUAGUGAAUCAUAACAUAGACUAUGCAGGGCACAUCCCUGAAAAACUAGAGAACUUUGUUUUGCUCCAUAGAUGAUAGUGUGGAGUCCCAGAGUACUGUUUUUGAAGCACGACUUGGUGACGGUAUUUUUCUUGAGCACUGUUGUGAUACACCAGCGUUUCCUUAGCUUGCUCCAUCUUGCUCUCAUUGGCUAAAGCGUUGUUAGCAUCAAAUCUGCAGAGUUGGUUACCCAGUAUUUAAUAUGAAUAUUCCAUAUAAUAUAUUUUGUGGAUUAUUUAGAAAUGUAAUGCCAUAUUUAGACUCUUAAAAUUGUCUGCCAAAGGCUUGUCUAUUUUGGUCUUAUUUGCCUGUUGGGUGUUUGGGACUGAGUUGAGUGUUUUCCACUGAUGUCUUUUUGCUAUAACUGUUAUGUGGAUUUUAUACAGUUGGAAGGUCAUCUUUUCUUUUUUUUUGGUUUUGCUUGAGCAUUUCUACUCUUAACUCUGUUCUUUUUCUAUGGACUCAUUGCUAAACUGUAUGAGUUGUAUGGACUUGUUAACAUUUGCAACUACCAUAAGUGCUUUUAUCUUCUCUAUGCACUGGCUUAAACAUGACUGUUGUGUGUGAGCAUAUUUCUAUGCAGCACUUGGCCAAUUUCAACUUAAAUGCAAAUUUUGUUUCGCAGUUUGUUUGGAGCUCUUUGGAGAAUGCUGUCUUCAUAGCAUGAUGAAUUUUGGAGUUACUUAUCAGCUCUCCAAACUUAGGUUUGACUUUUUUGACUGCUGUAACUGAGUUUGCUUUCCUUUUGAUCCUCUGGAAAUUUGUCCUAAAUUUGGGAGAAGAAAACCUUGCUUUUUCUCAUCGCAGUCCACUUGAACUUUAAAUCUGAAAAUCGUUUUAUUGCAUCGUGCAGUUAGGGGAAGAGUCCUCAUUACGUACAACUGGCACCUUCCCCUUUGCACUAAUGUGUUGCUUGUGCUGGUUAUGUGACUAGAUGUGAAGUUUGCUCAAAGUUGAACCUCAAACUUAAUGAUACACUUUAACGAGAAAUAGAUCAAAUGUAUGCUGUAGUUUUAAAUUUACAAAUCAACUUUAGCUACAAAAGAAACUAAAGCAUGUUGGUGGCAUGAUGCUUAUCAGUCCAGAUCUAGACAUCAUCUAAUAUAGUAAGUGGCUGUGUGCCAGGGUAUUGAAAGUUCUAUAGCAGUGUCCUUUUUUCUUCAUUUUAAGUAUCUUUCUAAAUACUUGCAUGGAUUUUUCAUCUCUACUAUGUCAGCUAUACUUAACAAAAAGCGGAAGUUCUGUUGUGUAUAUAGCUCCUAAUUAAAGUACCUAUUUUUAUAAUAUUUGCACAACAGCUUAGCUUUUACAACAGAAAGGGCUCUUUUGACUUGAUAAGAAAUCUGUAAAUGAAGAUCAUAAAUGUGAGUGCGAUUCAGGUAAUUAAUAUAAUUCAGCACUUUACUGUUGAUUAAUAGUAGAAUUUAUUAUGGCACAUUAGCCCUGCAAAUGUCUUAAAGUGAAAUUCACUUCUGUUGGAUAGAAUACAGUUUACUUACAAGUUUAGUGGUCUAGCUUACUGGAAAUUUUUGACUUGAUGUUUCAUUUCAGUGGUGGGCAGUAAGCGUACCUAUGGGGCUCUUGCUGCAGAAAGUCAACAAGUUGAUUUAGGCCUUUGUCAGUGAUAGAGAUAUUUAGAAGCCAAAUUAAUUAGAUAAAGGU